AUGUCAGCGCCAGCAGUCAAAGGCAUGAGGAGCAUGAGCUUCCUCAGCCCGAAGCGACGCAAGACUACCGGAAACCUCAAGGCCAACGGGCAGCAGGUGAACGGGAAUGGGAAUGGUAGCAGUGAUGCGCCGGCGACACCACCUGCGCUUGGUUCGCCGAUAGAGGAGCGACCGCCGCCGGUGCAGCGGUAUGCUUCACACCCUGUCGUGCCCAGUGCGAGCAAUGGCCGCGUAAACAGCAGCACCGGCCUAGGCGUGGGAGAAGGAGGAGGAGGAGGAGACGGCAACCUCUUCUACGCCUACGCGCGCAAAGACAACGACCUCCAAUCCCGCUACCUCCUCACCUUCGCCUCCGCCUCGGUCGCCAACGAAUGGUGGCACCACGUCCGCGCCAACUUCCCCUCCACCACGCGCCCCGGCGCCCAGCUGUUCAGCUUCACGACCGACGACCUGCUGUCGAAAGCCUGGCGACACCCGAGCUUCGCGCACUUGAAGAGCAAGUGGAUGUACAUAUCCUUCUCUGAAGCUUCGGAUGGGAUUGGUGGUGCUGCGCAGGGCAUUAUCCCGGUGCAGGAUGUGGAGGGGAAUAUGCUGGGGGGCGGGGCGCCGGCGAGUCCGACGUCGGAGGGGAGGGAGAUGAAGAGGGUGAAGGGGGAGGUGGUGAGGUUGGAGGAGCAUUUUGAGCGGAUGAUGAAGGCGGUGGAGCGGAAUACUGAGAAAGUCGUUGAGUUGGCUGGCGCGCGGCAUGAGAGGAGUGGGAGCGAUGUUGUGUCUUUUACGGUUGAUGGGGAGGCGGGGAAUGGGAAGGAGGGGACGGUGGAUAUGGGGGUGCUGUCGGGGCAUUUUGUGCGGAUGAAUGAUCUUUUGUCGAGGAACAUGCAGCAUGUGGAGGAGCUGACACGGAAGCACUUUGAAAGCGAGAACAGAUUGAAGGAGGCGAUUGAGGCGUUGGAUAAGAGGCAGAAGGACGAUGGACUGGAUAUGCAGCGGCUGGAGACGCAUUUGGUGCGGGUGCAGGCGUUGAUGGAGAACUCGGCAAAGGAGCGGAAGGAUAGUGCGCUGGAGGUGCAGCAGCAGAGUCAGCCGCUGCAGGUGGACUUUUCGCCGUUGACGGAGCGGUUGGGCAAGGUGCAGGAGGCGGUGGAGCAGAACUCGGAGUUGAUCAAGGCGUUGUUGAAUGAAGGGGAUGAGAAGGUUUCGACGCCUUUCUGGGGGAGGGAUGCGCCAGCGGGGCCGGAUUUGAAUCCGUUGACGCAGCAUCUUGAGAGGAUCAAUAGUGCUAUUGAGCAGCAGAGCGAGCAUGUGAAGGCGCUGGUCGGGUAUGCCAGUGGGGAGAACGGUGGACAUGGGGAAGAGAGCACGACUCAAGCUGCCACCGGUCUGAUGCCGCUCGGCGAGCAUCUGGAGCAGAUCUACAAUGCUAUCGAGGAGGGCAAUAGCCACACCAGGGAAUGGCAGAAGCAGUUGCAGAAACAACCGCAAGAAACCAACCUCGACUCGCUGAGCGAGCACUUGAAAGCACUCCGAGACAACUCACAGCAAAGCAACGAACACAUGCAACAACUCAUCGAAUCGCAAGACGGUAUUCGAGAAGCCGUCGAAGCCAACGGCGGCGAGAUCGAUUUCACGCCCCUCGCCGACCUCCUCGACGCCAUCCGCGAGUCAACAGACAGCAACGCCGUCGUCGUCCAAAAACUCCUCGAGUCCCAAGAAGCCACUCGCCACGAAAGCGCCAUCGACUUCGGGCCCCUCAAAGAGCACCUCGAAGCCAUCCGCAUCGCCAGCGAUAAGAACGCCGAACAAGUCCGCACCCUCGUCUCCACCCCACCGUCCAACAUCGACCUCAGCCCCCUCACCGACCGCUUGAACAGCAUCCACAGCACGCUCCAGAAACAGAAAUCGCCCGAGCCCCAAGGGACAGGCGACGCUCGCUUCCUGCUCAACGCCCUCACAUCCCACCUCUCCAAAAUCCAAGCCGUCACCGAAUCCAACGCCACGUCCGUCAAAGCUUUGCGAGAAAAACAAUCCUCGAGUGGGGACAAAAUGCACAUCGCCGUCAGCGAGACCUCCGAACAAGUGCGCUCGCUCAUGCAAAGGAACAAGGAGAAUGAAAGCAGGAUCGAGGCGCAGAAUGCGCAGAUGCGGGAGCUGAUGAGUGGGCAGCGGGAGAUGGUGGAGGUGCUGAGGGAGGUGAGUAGGAGUGUAGUGGCGAGCGGGAAAGGGUGUGAGCAUGUGGUUGUGCCGCCGCCGAGGAAGAUGGGACGGAAGGUUGUCGGGUUUGUUUAUGAUGCUAAAGAUGGGGGGUCGUGA